UCUCUAGGCAUCUUUUGAAUUUCAAGUUUCAGUUAACUAGAAGAAUUGAUAACCAGAAAAACAUGUGCAAUUUUUUCAAUUCAUACUUAUAUUUUAUCAGUUUAAUUCACUUACCAUAUUAUUUAACACAAACUGAUUGGGAUAUUCGAGCCAAUGUUAUUUUUCCUUCACCGUCUUCAUCAUCUCCGACAACUCCAAUACCUGUAGUUCCACAAAAAUCAACAAUAUAUAAUGUAGGUAAUGAAAUGAAAAAUGUAGUAACUGAAAGUAGUAGAACAAACAUACUACAAUCUGUUGAUGAAGUUAUUGAAAAGCAAGAAAUUAGAAUAGAUUGUUUGGAAGCAUUGCACAAUUGUGAAUUAUUUAGUGGAAUAUGUAAAGUGGAUGUAGAUAUUUUCAAAACAUUUUGUGGAGAUUGGACUGAUGAGCGCAGUUUAAUGGGGUGCCAGCGUAAAUAUUUACGAGAAUGUCAAUCAGCUCUUAGAACCAUGAAUCUUGGACGUCCAGGAUUAAAGCAUUGUAUAUGUGAUAGUCGGUCUAGCCGUUCGAUUGAUGACUUAACCAAAUGUAAUCUACUUAGAAAAAAUUUAAACAAUCAUCCAUGUUUGGCUGAACCACCAAUAUUUCUUCGUGAAUUGCAUACAUCUGGAAAUUUUCGCCAUGAGUCUAGAAAGGAAAUAAAACCAGAAAGUAAACCUACUCAAUCAACAAGCAAUAUGAAUACAAAUGUGAAACGUCUGAAUACAACAUCACUAUUGGUCGAACCCUUUGUAUCGUCUAUACCGAUGACUACAGAAUCUCCUAUCACUAUGAAUAUGCUGUCUAGUGUAGGAUCACCUAACAGUGAAUUAGUUGAUCAGCAUUUGAACAAAAAUAAACAAAAUACAAGUUGUUUAGAUUUACUUGAAAAUUGCACUAAAUUGCCAGCAUGUGCCAUAGCACUUAAUAAAUUUCGUGCAUUAUGUACUGUUAGAACUUGUAUUAAGCUGAAAUCACAAUGUUUAGAAGCAUCAAAGAAAUUUCUUCAACUUAAAACACAUAUGAAUUGUGACUGUAAAAGUGAAUUAAACGAAGGCAGAUACCGUAGAUGUUUAGAUUAUAAAGAGGCUGUAAUUGAUAAUAAAUGUGUUGAAAUUUCAUCAAACCAAGAAAUAAACUUGGUUAAUGGAAACGAAUUGGAAUAUUCUUUUGUAAAUAUGAAUUUGGAAAAAAGUUUAGCAACUAUUCCAGUUUCACCAGACUAUCAUACAGCAGUCCAAAAUAAUUCAACAACUUUAGAAAAUGAAACAUUAUCAGUAUUACACCAGUCACACUUUAUCAGUUCUAAUAUUAGUGGUCAAAGAUCAAACGAAUUAACUGAUAUAGAAACAAUUGUUUCUGAAACAUGGGAUAAUAAAAUGGAAUGUUAUUCAAUAUUUUAUGAAUGUCUUCGUGAACCUGUUUGUCUUCAACAUUUUGUAAAUCUUCGUUAUGGAUGCGCACAGAUGAAUAGGCAGUUUAUUGCCUGUAGAAAUCCAAAUCAGUGUAUAAACUCACUAGAGCUUUUUUACAAGGAAACAAAUUCUCUGGUAAAUAAAGCCAUAUCAUGCACUUGUACAGUAAGUGAUUUGGAUUGUCAGCAGAUUCAAAAUGUAUUUGUACCCAGAUGUAUUCGUCAGUCAUAUGGAUUGAGGAUGGAUUGUUAUCAAGCAUGGGUUAAGUGUCAGAAUGAUCCAGUUUGUAGGACAAGUUAUGAUCUGCUAGUUUCAGAAUGUCAAACUUCAAAUGGGCUUUGUUACUUAAAUCCAUCUGCCUGUUUAAACUCUUACCGAAGAUUAUGGAGUGGUCCUUGGGCUGGUGGUUGCAGUUGUGAAGUGACACGACCUAAGUUAAGUCCAUCAAAUAAUGUACUAACAGGAUGCAGUGAAUUCGGUAGAAUUUUAACACAACCUCCCUGCGUUGAAAUCACUCCAGAAACACAUCAAUUAGAAAGCCCAACUUUAACUCACAAUCCAUUAUAUUGUAAAAUGAUGAAAAAACUACAAAUGCCUUCUGAAGAUUUUGUCAGAAUUCCAUCUUUGCGUGAUUAUCAAGAAGAAGAGCAGCUUGCACGAAAUUGUUCUUUACUAUGCAAUUGUCACGUUGGUUGUCGAUAUGAAAUGUGUUAUGGAACAGAGAUGAAAAUUUGGCAUGCUUAUUCUUUAUCUAAUCGUACUAGUCAAAAUGUUACUUUUCCAACGCGAAUACAGACAAUCAAUAUUUAUCAAGCAAAUUUAUCAUUAGGUUGUCUUUAUUUACCAAAAUUUAAUCGUCACUGUGUAUGUUAUGCAUAUGAUCAUGUUGUCUGUGAUGUAUUCAUUCCGAAAAACCAAUAUUUCUUAACAGGUCAUAAACUAUUGAUUGAUUUCGAUGUGGAAAUGUAUUCUACAACGAUUGAUUUGCUGGCCGAUGAUAAAUCACUUUCAGAAUAUGAAUUUUACGGAAGUAUUAUUCAACUUGAAUUUCUGCUGACCAAUUUCCUAGCACAUUUAUUUGGACAGAAAAGCUGUCGGUUGAUACUAUCUGCAUAUCAAACAAUCGAUGAUAAACAUUUCUGGUUAAAACAACAUUCAACCAACAAUAAUUCGAAUAAGUUAUUAAAACGAUUAGAAUAUCUACUGGCAAUCAAUUUAGACACAUCUUUUCCGACAGAAAAUAAAACAUCCUUAUGCAUUAAUCUACUAGAAGUUCUAAAUAUAAUGAUCAAUGAUCAAUAUCCGCAAAUAAGAUAUCAUGUUAAGUUUUCAACAUUUCAAAAAAGCAUUUUAAAAGCACCAGGAUUUAAUGAACAUUAUGAUUUAGAUAGAACUCUUGAUAAAACAUAUCGUUUACAACAAUUACAACGUCAACAGCAACAACAACAACAGCAGCAACAAGAAACUCAAGCUUGGAGGCAUAUAAGAACAUCGGUACAAAUGCAAAGUAAUAAUAAACUAGAAAAAAAUAAUUCUCACAAAACAUACGUUUUGAGUUACUCCAUGUGUAGUAUUUUAUUGAUUUUUACUAUGUCUACCAACUUUUUUUAA